AUGAAGACGAAGAAGAAGAAGAACAGUAAUAACGAUGAUGACGAGACUCAUUUCAUUAAAGUCUCGUCCAAACUGCUCCAAGGAUUGCGGUUAUCACCGUCGUCGUCGAAAUCGGAAGAGGGAAGAACGGUGUCUUCGUCCCCGUCGAAGAGGAUGAUGAGAUUGGAGAGGAAAACCUCGACUUUGAUGUUUCCGUUAAAGAAAAGGGUCGGGCUAAAAAAAGAAGCGCAUCAACACCCUCGGUGUUGGUCGGCGACAUCAUCGAGCGGUGAGGACGACGAAGGAGGAGAAGAAGAAGAAGAAGAAGAACAGUUUACGCCUUGGAGGAGUUCUCGCGCGAGUUUCGACACAGAGGAGGAGAAGGAAAAGGAUUAUUAUUCGCGGAUGAACGAGGAGUGGUGCGGGACGCAGAUGAUGGAUUUGGACCAAUUUUGCGCCAACGUGAAGACGGCGGCUGUCGGGGAAAGCGACGACGUCGAAAAGAGCCGGUCUACGACCUCCUUUUUGACGACGGAAAAAAUAACCAAGAGACUGCUGGAAGGCUGGAGUUUAGCGAGAGAGACGUGUAGCGAGUGCGAGAUGCCCAUGAUGAGGAGGAACGCGCGUCGCGGAGAUGCGCGUUGGAUGGACGAGGUCGUUUGCGUCGAAUGCGAGGACAGAGAUGAUGAGCCCCGCGAGCGAUUUGGACGUCUUCGUCCCGGAAAACGAUUAGCUUUGAUGGAGGGGAAACCGAGGCCGCCAGUGGGUACGAAAUCAUUCGCAAAGUUGUACCGCGGGAGUAAUUAUUCGGGAGAAGAUCAAGAAGAGUUAUCGCCGACGAGCGUAUUGUAA